GUUACGAGGGACUAUGUUCUCUAUUUAUAGUGGAGGUCCUUACUUGUUCAGAGAAGCUACUAAAUGUAAGCAGGUCAAUUCAGUCCCCAGAGGCCAGAAGUCAUCUUUCUCUCCUCGGAGUUGUUUUCUUCUUCUUCUUCUUCUUCCUUCUCCUUUGGUAUUUUGUAUCGUGAGUUACGCGGAGAGGAAUUUAAUGGCGUUGAGCAUCGUUUUCACAUUCAUAGCCGUGCUUGGAUUCGGUUCUCAGUCCGUUCAGCAGGUCGAGAGUUUUACGCCUUCUGGUUGGACUAAGGCCCACGCUACUUUUUAUGGUGGUAGCGACGCCUCCGGAACGAUGGGGGGAGCUUGUGGGUAUGGCAACUUGUAUGCAACUGGAUAUGGAACUCGAACAGCAGCUCUAAGCACUGCUUUGUUUAACGACGGAGCUUCAUGUGGGCAAUGCUAUAAGAUCAUCUGCGAUUAUAAGACGGAUCCUCAGUGGUGCUUGAAAGGGGUGUCUGUCACGGUUACGGCCACUAAUUUCUGUCCUCCAAAUUAUGCUCUUCCCAAUAACGAUGGCGGGUGGUGCAACCCACCGCUUCAGCACUUCGAUAUGGCUCAGCCAGCAUGGGAAAAAAUCGGCAUUUAUCGAGGUGGAAUCAUUCCAGUUCUGUACCAAAGGGUUCCAUGCAAGAAACAUGGAGGAGUGAGGUUCACCAUCAAUGGGAGAGACUACUUCGAACUGGUGCUUAUAAGCAAUGUGGGAGGGGCUGGGUCGAUUCAAUCCGUGUCGAUCAAGGGCUCUCGCACAGGUUGGAUGGCAAUGUCCAGGAACUGGGGUGCUAAUUGGCAAUCCAACUCCUAUCUGAAUGGCCAAUCCCUCUCCUUUCAGGUUACCACCACAGAUGGAGAGAUUCGUCUCUUUAUGGACAUUGUCCCGGCAAAUUGGAGCUUCGGCCAGACCUUCUCUAGCUCCCAACAGUUCUAAUAAGCUCCAUCGUUGUAAGCUCAGGGUUCUGGACCGGGUUUAAUUAAUUAAUUUGGCUGAGGCGUGCUUGUUGUUUUGCUAAAGCAGCCCGCCAUCCCCUGUGCUAGCUCCAUCAGUGGAUAUAUAGAUGUAAGUGAGGUUAAUGAUGGCAAUUUUCUCUACCCUUUCCUUGUUUAAGCCUUUGAACGUAAUCAAUUGACAAACUCCGAGCCCGAUGUGAGCUGAGACUGGACUCUUGUGUCAAUUAAGUACCAUAUGUAGAGAGAGAGAGAGAUAAGGCUUGACCCCAGAAGUGGAGUCACAGUCACUGCGUAUGGAGGUAGGUUUUAUUUCAAGUAUAUGCAUAAUUGUAGAUUUCAUAUAUUAUUUCUACUGUUGUAAUGUCCUAUUAACCCAAACCAAAGUAACAAUAAGACUUCCAAGUCAUGAGACUCGGUGACUCAUGACUGUUCUCUCACAAAUAUUUUCUGAAUUUCUGUUUGGGUUCAGUUUUGUUGCAUAUAUUAUUUUACUAGCUAGCUUCUUUUUGCAUAUGAAAUAU